AUGAAUAGGAGAUUCGACAUUUUUCUGCGUGGUUUGGUUGAAGCAUUUGUUGCACAAGUUAAGGUUUGCGGUUUGCACAGUACGUGGAACAGGAUCACGACGUCUGGAGCACAGUCCUGUCUAGUGGUUGUCCUUGUUAUCCUCGAACGAGCAAAAGACGCAGCUGGACUUUGGCUUCAUUCUCUCCAACAACAGAUCCAUUUUCGUGUUUAUGACAUCAGCUUGGCGAUUGACUAUCUCGACUACUGCAUCCAUCUUUGCGUCGAAGGUGAUGGAGAGAUGCAUCUGUUUUUACGGUUCUUGAUAGCAUCUCAACGGGUUGAAUAUGGAUGGCAACGUCUGCUUCAACCAUUGUCAGCGAAGGUCACGAACUUGAAGAACGCUAAGGUGACCAGGAUGUGCGAGAGGCAGGGAUUGUGA